AUGAAAUUCGAAAUUGAUUCAGCAUUCAUUAAAAUUUCGCUCAUUUUUGAUAUUUCAGCGGAUUUCUUCCUUCUUCUGUUCAUAUGUCAACAACUCGGCGUGUUUUACAUCGAAGCAAAUGAGCAGGAUUAUAUCGGUGGUACAAAUGAGUCGAUCGUCGAUGGCCCUUCCACACGUCACGGUCGUAAGGCGCUAUUCAAAAUUGACUCGGAUGAUAAGGCUGAAGAAGUGAACGAGCCGACAUUGCCGGAUUUUGUUGGGAAAAUGGAUUCUUUGCUGGAUCGAUUGAAACGAAUAAUAUUCGUACAUCUUUAUUGGGUGACACUUUCGGUUGUUUUUGUUGCGGGCACGAGUCGUGUGACGUUGUUUGCAUUCGGCUAUGUCGUCGGAUGUUUCAUGUUCCUUUGGGUCGGAAACUCACUUUUCCUGAAACCGAUGAGAAUCACGCUCGCACUAUGGAACAAGCUGAUCAUUUACAAUGCAUCAGUAAUAUUCGUCAAAAUAUCACUGCAAGUAGUUGGCUGUGUUUAUAUGAGUCAAAUGUACAAGAACUUCUGUUGGGUUAUACAGCUACUUGGAAUCGCAUGCCUGAAAACUGGCAUCAAACCCGAGAACAGUUAG